AUAGAAAACCCGCCUACACCACACCGUCUCUGUAGUCUCUAUCUACGGAUGGAGUAGUAAGGCUUGUGUUUCCAAAAUCGGCAAACUAUUCCGACGAUCGCCAGUCCGAAGAACGCCAUAAUAGACCGCCCACCCCUGUGAUCGGUACGCCCCUGGGACCGGCCCAUCCCCUCCCUGCGGCUGGAAUUUCGGCAGUCCAUCCUCAUCCUCCAUUCGUCCGUCUUGAUCUUGAUUUGUGUGAGACGCGCCGGAGGCCAGCCUCUCACGCCUAGAUUGAAAGACAUCCAUCCUCGACAAUCUCCUCGGGCCAAUCAAGCGGCUCCGGCAGGAUGACGGACAUCAGCGGAGCGGAUUUGAAGAUCAAGAUCUCGGCCAUCCUCAAGGAGGCCGAUCUGGAGAGCACGUCCAAUAAGAAGGUUCGCAUGCAACUGGAGGAGGAGCUCAAGACGGAUUUGACCGCCCGGAAAGAGGAGAUCAACAAGAUCAUUCAAGAAGUCAUGAACGAGAUGGACUCCGAAGAGGAGGACGACGACGACGAGGAAGAAGACGAAGAGGGCGACGACGAGGAAGAGGCCAAGGACAAGAAAAAGAAGCCUGCCCCCAAAGAGAGUCCCCCCAAGAAGAGUCCGGCCAAGAAGAAGAAAACCGACCAAGACGAGGACGAGCAAGACCCGGAUGACAAGCCCGAGGCAGAUGACGACGACGAGCUCGAGGACGAGGAAGACGACGAGGACGAUGAGGACGACGAAGAAGAGACCCCCAAGAAAAAACCGGCCGCACGCACGCCGGCCAAAACUGCAGCCGCCAAGAAUGGCAAAAACGGCACGGCCUCGCCGGCGAAGAAGAAACCCGCGCCCAAGAAAGCUAGCAGCGAUGUGGACGAUGACGAUUUUGCCGAUGCGGAUGAGGACGACGAAGAGGCCGAAGACGUGGAAGACGAAGAGAGCGAGGACGAAAAGCGGCCGAAUCAGGGUCGAGCUGGACGGCGGGCAGCGCCCUCGCCCAAGAAGCGGAAAGACUCGGACGCCUCCUCCAACUUCUCUGACCAACUCGAUUCUGAUUUGGAAGGCGAGAGCUCGGGCGAGGACUCGGGCUCAGAUUACGCCCCCGACGAGCUGGUCCGGGCCGCCAAGCGCUCCAACAAAGCCAUGGGUAAGAAAGGGCGUGGACGAGGCGCUCGUGGCGGGCGCUCGGUCAAGCGGAGACGAGGGUCGGACGAUUCGUCGGACGAGAGCUCGGGCGAAGAGUGGGGCAAGCAGAAGAAGCGCGGGCGAGGCGGCGGGGCCAAGCGGCGGGCCGCUCGCUCAGAUUCGGAAGACAGCGACGGUGAGCCCAAGCCCAAGAAGAAGCGCGGCGGGGGCGGAGGCGGGUUCUCCAAGCCGCUCAAACUGUCGGAGGAUCUGGCUGAUAUCGUGGGCAAGGAUGAAGCCCCCCGACACGAGGUGGUCAAACAGAUGUGGGCCUACAUUAAGGAAAACAAUCUCCAGGAUCCGAAGAACAAACAAUUUGCCAAGUGCGACGAUAAGCUCAUGAAAAUUAUUGGCCAGAAGAAGUUCCGCUGGACGUCGGAAUGAUGACCGGACCAACCCCUGGAUCUCUGACACCUUCUCUGCUCGAAGUCAAGCGCAGUUUCGUCGACACACAAAGCAUUCUCUCACAAUCUUGGGCGCGAACUCUCCACUCCAACCAACAACCUCCCCUCCUCGUUUUGUUUAUGGGCCAGAAACCGCCCCCCUCGGGUUUCUUUAGCGGCUCUUCCUUCUCGAUUUAUUCUUUUUUGACUUCAUUGCCAUUGUCUCUUGAAUGUGUAUUGCCGCCACACGAAUAGUGCAAACCAAAAAAAAGCCGUUAAUGCGUUCAGAUCAACGAAUUUAAAGAGAAGAUGCUCUCCCAUGGCGGAUAAAAAGUAUUGUAAGUGUCUGUAAAUCAGAAAUAAAAUGUGAAAUGAACAAUUAA